AAAGCUUUCUUCAAAAGGGCACGAGAGAAACAUCAGCCACUUCCAGAAGAGACAGAGAGCCUUUAAGAGCCUCAGCGUGGUCACGUUUUGGACAAUCCUUUUGAAGAAACGCAAGAGAAGGGCUGCGGUGAAGCACAGCAAGCUUGUCGUGGGCAGUGUGGAGAGGAGCAGACCGGGGCAUGCUGUGCUCUGGCUAUCCCCAUUUGGCAGACUGUCUCUUGGGAUCCUUCGCUAGCUGGUAUAAAUUAGUGCAGCCAACAGGCUCUUCUAAAACUUCAGACGGCUCCAGGAUCAAGGAACUGUAACCAGCUCCCUUGUCUUUCUCCCUCACCCCUACCUGAAGCUAGCAACUGAGAAUCAAGACGAAUAUAUUGCUAGUAUUUUCACACCGACUCCGUGCAACGCACAAACAGCUGCUCUCUUCCUGUGGCUCCAGGACACCAAUGGCACCCCGCAUACGACUGACUAUAUCAAAGCCUCUCCCAACCAUCUGUGAAACCCAGGAGGAAGUUUUAGAAGAUGUAACCAGCAAUGCAAAAGGCUUUGGGAGCUUCUCUAUCGACUCAGAUUCUUGUUCCAGUGACGACUACCUUCAAUCUAUCUGUCAUUUAGCAAGACCCACCUUCCCAGUGCUUCCUGAAAACGGUGUGUUUCAAGACAAGAAGGUAUUAGAAACACUCCAAAGAGUGUCCUGGUUCCCAAAGCUGGCAGUGGCACAGCAAGUCAUUCCAAAGUGCAAACUGACCAACAUCUUCUCAGACAUGAUGUCUUUAGAAAAAAUUAGCUUAGUACUUGACAAUGCAAAGCUAUACCCCUGUACCAGGGCUGAUCCACUAGAACAGUUGUACGCGCAAGCGGAGAAGACACGACACUACAGGGGUUCUGUUUAUGGUGAAAGCUCUAGCACUGAUGACUCACAGCAUAGGGGGGAUGAAAUUCAUCCAUCCACCCCUCAAGAAAAAACAACAGAAAAACAAGAUCUAGCUGGGGUAUUCCGUUUUCCAAGGCUUCCCUCUCCAAGACCAACAGAGAGAGAAAAUAGCUGCCCAGAGCAGAAGUGUCUGAUAAGCAAUAAGAUAAUGGCUGUUUCUGAAAAUGAUCAAACUCAGAAAGAAAACUGCACCAUAUUUAUUGAUGGUAAACGGAUAUGGCCACACCCACCCAGAGAGAAACAGCAAGGAAACAAGGGUUUGAGCUGCCCCCUACGAAGACAAUGUGCUGUGUUCAGAACAGCAGGUGGCACUGAAAAAGAAGAAGAGCUGAAAUCUUCUAGCGAUAACAAAACUGUGAAGGGAGAGGUUCUUAAUAAGCAACGUUACCCACAAUGCUUUCAGGUAGAUAAAAAAGCCAUGAUCCAUAGCUGGAUCUCGGAGUGCAAGUGUGCCUGGAAAGGAGCAAAGGUUAAAGGUUGCCUACUUCCUGCCAUCGCAGAAAUAUGAAAACGUGAUGCUGAGUAGCUGCAUCUUUUGCAAGACAUUGUGGCCACGGCUGUCUUAAAUCCCUCCCUGCUACCUGCAUGCGUUGUGCAGAGAAGAGGGGUGCAGUAUACAUGUUUACAAUGAAGCAGAUACAUUUGUGAUCCAUUACAUCUCUCACCUAUGUGCAAACAGGCAAUAGAUCUACUAACGUGGCUAUGCUUUAAAAAAAGGAGAGCUCUAAAGACCGAACUAUUGAGUCGGCUCUCAGAUACGCAGGCAUUUGUAACAGCUUCUCUCCUUGGCUCAGCAACUCCUUUUGCACAUGCCUGUCUUGUGCUCUGAGAACGGCUGUAAUAAUACGGGUUUCAGGGUAGCAGCCGUGUUAGUCUGUAUCCUCAAAAAGAACAGGAGUACUUGUGGUACCUUAGAGACUAACAAAUUUUUGGUAUGAUGUCCAUCUGCUUGCAUUUGGAAAGGAAGAUGAUGUCUGUCUGUAUCUGUUAGUCUCUAAGGUGCCACAAGUACUCCUGUUCUUUUUGUAAUAAUACGUGUCUCUACAUCAGAGAUGGAGACAUCAGUCAGGUACAUUAAACAGGGGAAACAGCUGUUUAGAAGUGGGAUGUGUAAUCUGUAGGAGCAUCAAGCCAAUGGUGGUUUACAGCACAUGCCAAAAUUGGCACACGUCACACCCCUGGAUGGAUUCACUCUGCAAGGAAACUCCUGCAGGAUGCUUAGACAGCACUAUAUGUGCUUUUUGACACAAGUGCAGGUUCGGGAAGAGGCUGGUCAGCCUCACUGCUAACUUCUCAUUUGACAGCUGGCGGGUUAAACAUUUCAACAUGUAAAUGCUCUAAAAAUGAUGCGGUCUCAUUGAUAAACUCAAUCCAUUAGCAUGCGAGGUGGAAAAUACAAAAACCUCCUUGGGCAGAAUUCUCCUCGUGCGUACCCCAGUGUGGCUCUGUUAACUUCACUAGAAGCAUGUUUGAUUUAGGCUGGCAAGGGAGGAGAAUCAGACACUCUGUGUGUAGCAGCUUGUACAGUAACAUGCCAGUGCUUGUCUUGUGAUGCUAUUAUUGUAGUUUAGUGAAAACUGUCUGCUUUUUCACUGCUAUUACAGACUCAAGUGAAUUUCCAGCAGCCCAGGCAGGGCCGGCUCCAGGCACCAGCCGACCAAGCACGUGCUUGGGGCGGCACCUUGUAAGGGGCGGCCAAUCUUCGGGUGCUGGGGCGGCACUCUGGGGGGCGGGGUUUGGUUCAGCGGGGCAGCGCUCCAGGUUUUUUUGUUUGUUUCAGCCGGGCAGUCCUCGGGGGUUGUUUGUUUCGGCGGGGCG